AUGUCAAAUCCAGCAUUACAAGUUUAUGGUGGUGAUGAAAUUUCCGCUGUUGUUAUUGAUCCAGGUUCCUAUUCAACCAAUAUUGGUUAUUCAGGUACAGACUGUCCUCAAGCUAUACUGCCAUCUUGCUAUGGUGAUUACACAAAUACUGACGAUCCAGAAGGAAAGAAAAAGAAGGUUUUUUCUGAGCAGUCAAUUUGUAUACCAAGGAAAGACUACGAAAUCAAGCCAAUUGUUGAAAAUGGAGUCGUCAUAGAUUGGGAUGCUGCGCAAGAACAAUGGUCUUGGGCUUUAGAAAAUCAAUUAUAUUUGAGAUCUAAUAGUGGCAUUCCUGCUUUAUUGACUGAGCCUAUAUGGAAUACUGUGGAAAAUAGGAAAAAAUCUCUAGAACUUUUGUUGGAAGGGAUGGAUUUCGAGGCCUGUUACUUAGCUUCAACUCCAACAUGCGUCUCUUUCGGUACUGGUAGAUCGAGUUGUUUGGUUGUAGAUCUCGGGCAUGAUACAUGCAGUGUGAGUCCUGUGGUAGAUGGGAUGACGCUAUCUAAAAGUACGAAGAGAAAUUUCUUUGCAGGAGGGUAUCUUAAUGAAUUGAUAAAGAACUAUAUUUCACCUGAAAAAAUUAUCCCACUUUUUGCAAUAGAUAAGAGAAGACCAGAGCUGAAAAAGAAAGUAUUUGAAUUUCCUGUACACGAAUCGUUGUACAAAUACGCUAAUGAUCGUGGAAUUUUUCAAGAAUGUAAAGAGACGCUAUGCCAAGUUGCUGCACCUUCAACUUUAGACAAGAUGAAAUCCGAAUUGGCCACUGUAGCUAAGAGAUCAAUAGAAACGCCAUGGACAGAGGAAAUUAUAUUUGACAAUGAAACUAGAUAUGGAUUUGCAGAACAAUUAUUUUUGCCUAGAAAGGAAGAUGUCCCAGAUAACUGGAAUAUCUCUGAAAAUGGAACUGUAGAGACGUGGCAUAAUGAUUACGUUCCCGUAAAAAGAACAAAACCCAGUGGAUCAGUAAAGUCUAAUAAAGAUUCCACUCCUCAGAACUCUGUUGAGCCAUCCAUUACUGCUGAACCACUUGAUGAGACAAAUGAAAAUGGUAAAAGAAUUAUAGAGUCCUCGAGUGAAAUCACGAAGGGUAGUUUACUUGGUGUUGCCGAUCUGGUCCACUCAUCAAUUAUGGCAAGUGACGUUGAUCUACGUGCCACAUUAGCACACAAUGUUGUCUUGACUGGUGGCACUUCAACAAUACCGGGUUUGAGUGACAGGCUUAUGGCAGAGCUUAAUAGUAGACUACCGGCCCUGAAAUUUAGAAUGAUAACUACAGGCCAUACCAGAGAAAGGCAAUAUCAAUCUUGGUUAGGAGGCAGUGUGCUGACGAGCUUGGGGACGUUCCAUCAAUUAUGGGUUGGAAAAGAAGAAUAUCAAGAUGUUGGUGUUGACAGACUUUUAGCUGAUCGCUUUAGAUAA